AUGGGUGGACUUUAUAAUGCCCUUGUCAAUGCGACUCUACUAGGGCUGCCUAAAGACACGACAGCCAUGGCAGACUGCGAAGAGAAACCGCAUCUACAAACCUGUGGCUUGUUCAUAUGGAUGGCUAACUUUGUCCUUUCCUUUCACCCCAAUGGUACCAGUCCCAAGUUUAACCACACAGAAGCCGAGCGACUGAUAGAAGAUACUUUUUGUUCCAAUCCAAGCGCAUGCUAUCACGUGACUGGCCGGUCUGACAUCGAAUCAUUAUUUGACUUUAUAAAUGGCCCUCUAAGAAGCUACACGCUAUGGUUCAUGGACCAUAACAACUACGGCCUCGUUACGACGAGAAGCCAACGAGAGCUUGCACUUGGCUACGUGAUGGAUAAGUUCCGUUAUCCCCCGGCUUAUCCUAAUGGUCUCCAUUCCCUUGCUGCACUUGUAAGUCACUCAUCUUUCAGUGAGGCUGUUCAAAAAAGCGAUUCCCACACCCUGCAUUCAUGUAAAUCCUCUUCUGAAGAGCAUCUGAAGUCGACCUGGGCAGGUAAUGACCAAGGAAGGUUGGUUAUUAUAGCGUGUUUGGUGCACUAAAGGUGAUAACUUUAGGUUAAGGCGCACAUGAGCCAAAGGCCCAAACGGCCGGAUCUUAUCCCAGUUUCGUUACCAUGAACCCUGUUUCGGAGUAUUGCUAAUCCCCCCUGGACGGGAUGCUAGUCCAUCGCGUGGUUACCCCAAAGCGGUAUGUUGCCGGGUAGCCAUUAAUACACCUGGGUGAAGAGAGACAAAGUGGAGUAAAGUUCCUUGUCUAACGCAACGGGUGAGGCCUGAACCCCGGACAUCCAGAUCCGAAGUUCGAGGUGUUAACCACUAGGCCACACAUGCCUUCAAAGGUCGAGAUGGGGUAUUUAGACCGGUUAGGGUUGUCAAUUCUAUUUGAUAUGAGUGGCGUAUAUCACACUAUCAAAAACGGCGGCAUCGCAUUCCAAUAUGACCCCUUGGUAUGGCUGAGUUUGUAAGGUAUUUCACUAUGGUGAUACAGUGGGUAGUAGGACCGACGUACGCACAUUCAUCGUUUAUUCACUUAACAACCGAAAAUUCGAAGAAGCCGACACCAGAUACUCUUGCUUAUGGUGCUCUAAGCGUGCUUUUCUACUAUAUGAAAUUUACACUAUAUAAAUUAUUAUUAUUAUUUGUUAUCGUUGUUAUCGCGCUGAUAAUGUACUUGACUUUGCUAUGCUACCAUUUUUUUUUUUACAGCCUACAAUGGUGAAACUCAAGUGAGGCAAUCAUUUUACCCAAGCGCCUCCGCGAACGAGCUGAAGGUACAUGGUCACCAGGCCCUUUUCUUUCCCGCGAAGAAAGUUAGGUCAUGUGAAGCCUACAGGCCAGCGGCAAAGAGUUACGAGAUUUUCAUGCCGCAGUUGAAGAGACGGGGAACACUUGUCCGUGAGAAACAGGUCAAGAUAAAAGGGCUUAAGUUGGAUAGGUGAGACACUAGCUAGUGUAAUAACAGUAAGGCUUGGAAUUCUUGAUCAUAUUAGAAUUUGUAAAUAGUUGUUCUUGUAGAAGGAGCAAAUACAACCAAGGAAUCACUCUAAAAGAUUUGGGCAGAAAAUUCAACAAAUUCAACUUAGAUGCAUAUGAGGUUCGAGACCGAGAACCGAACUGGAGCUGUAAGUAAGUGGGAGACGAGGGCAGGUGUGUGAGCUCAAUUGCAUCUCAAUUGCCAAUCUUAAAAACAUCUGUUCCUCCUAUAAAAAAAAAUAAUAAUAACAUUUCUUUAAAUCCUUUUUUUCAAUAUUGAUGUAAUCUUUACACAGGUUUCGACUUGAGGAAAGCCUGGUAACAGGAAAUAACAGAACUGUUUUUACAUCCGGGCUUCUCGAUAUGUCUGGUAUUUACGGAUUUCCAGUCCUUACUGGUUUUCCUCGAUUCUUGCACGGCGCGCAGGACCUGGGAAAGAAGAUAGGAAUUCCAGUAGCCGAUCCGAAGAAGCAUGGAUCAUUUGUAAGAGAAAAUAACACCUCUGGUCACCAUAGCAAUGAUUCUCUUGGCCUUGGCCACAGAUCCCACAGCUUAAUUAGCAUUGACAUCAAAGAGAUUACGAAUCACGUUUACGGCAAACGGCAACUGUCAAAUUCAAGCUGACGAUUUCUCAACAUAGAAAAACAACAGAUGAAAACUGUGGACUCAUUUUUAUGGAUAAAACUAGCGAGGAACUGCUAAUAUUUUGGUACACAUAGUAAAGAGUAAAAGCCAAGUAAGCCGAUUGCACGUUGGUCGCCAAUAUACCUUAGGCGUUACUAAAGCGGAUAUCUCUCCGUCUGCAACCGAAAUGAUCAUUACUGUUAAAAAAUGAUUUUAGUAAGGUUUAAUUCGGUCUGUAAUCAUAUGAGUGAUUAGUGAGCUUACGCAAUUGGACGGCAGAAGGGAGAAGACGGCAAACGCAGUUUGACAAGCGUGGUAAUUAUCAUGUUACGACUGAAGUCCCGCUUGACUUCACCUUCCUUUAUUUAAAAAGAUCUUUUUCCGCUCUGUCACGUUACGUUCAUAGUUUUAAAAUUCAGUUCUUAAAUCCACACAACUUGAAGAGAUAUAACUAACCACCGAGUAGUGAUAGACCAAGCACGAGAAAAAGACAUUUUCUCUGAUGUUCAAACACCGAGAAAUUGCUACAUAUGCACAAGGGUGUUUAAUAUGAUAUCCAAACACGGAAAAAGUAAUAUAUCAAACACGAGAAAGAGUGAUUCAUCUGAUACCCAAACACCGAGAAGUAAUAUAUCAAACACGAGAAAGAGUGAUUCGUCUCAUAUCCAAACACCGAGAGGUAAUAUAUCAAACACAAGAAAGAGUGUUUCAUCUGAUAUCCAAACACUGAGAAGUAAUAUAUCAAACACGAGAAAGAGUGUUUCAUCUGACAUCCAAACACCGAGAAGUAAUAUAUCAAACACGAGAACGGAGUGAUUCGUCUGAUAUCCAAACACCGGGAGUGACUGACAGACACAAGGAAGAGUUAUUUCAGUAGAUACAACAAACACGAGAAAAAAAUUGAUAACAUAAUUCUAUUUUCAGAGUCAAAAGUUUUACCCACCGUUCGGAUAAUUAUCAAAUACCUGAAAUUUGCGAAAACGUUUCAGAUUACAGGAACAUAACAUAACAUACAGCUUAUAAUUCAAAUUAUGAAACAUAGUUAAUAUUCCCUUUGUUUGUUUUUUUUUGUGGUUUUUGCCUCUUGUCUUGGUCUUUGCUACCAUUUUUUUUCUGUCAUGUUUUCAGAUCGAUAUUGAGCCAUUCACAGGAACAGCCCUUCAAGCUGUCUUUCGGUUCCAGAUCAGCGUGGUAGUCAAUAGCGGCCUGGUAUUGAGUCAAUUUCAGUCCAGACCAUAUAACGUAAGCUACGUCGACGACAAUGCACCUUUUUACGAAAACGUUAUUCCAUUGUUUUGGAUCGAAACCUCCCAGGUCGUCAAUGAGAAACAAGCAAGAUUAUUCAGAUCUGAGGUAUAAACAAUAGAACUCAUACAGGACUAAACUCAUUUGAUUUUGAUUUUCCUAAUUUCAUUUUCAGGAUUUCAGACUUCAAUUGUGAUUCUUAUUUGCUUUUGCUUUGACGUUCAAAAAAUUGUUUCAAAAGCAUCAAACGUUUGCAUGAAGUUCAUCUUUUUGGGAUUAGCUUCAGUUUCCCCUCAAUUAAAAACAAAACAGAAGUAUAUUACUCCAACUUGAUCCAACUUAUAUGUCCUGUUUAUUCUCAAGCCUUAUUCCUCGGUCAGUGGGAUAGCUUAUCCGGGGGGGGGGGUACUCAAAAAAUGGUAUUCAACGACCAUUUUUCACGAAAAAGGUACCCCUUUCGUAUACCUUCUAUUGACAAAUGGUACCCCUUUCACAUAUCUUGUUUAGAACUUUGCAUCCCUUUUAACUGCUGUAAAUGCACUAUCUUUUAAACAGGAAUCAACCACAAAAAUAAAAAGUUAUCUCGACUUUUUAAAGCCAUAAAAUUCAUCUGUUCCGCCCUUUGGGCCCUUUCUCAGACCCAAAUGACAGAUUUCCUAGUCUUUUAUAUACCUCACCUAGUGAAAUCCCUCCCCUUUCGUAUACCUGACGCCUAAAAAAGAUGCCCCUCUCGGGCGGAGCCUGCCCGUAUAGGCCAUCAUAGGCAUUAUCCCCCCCCCGGGUAGCUGAUAUGAACUACCUACCAAAGAUGUAAAGGAACCGGUCGAAAGAUAUGCCUCCCGUACACCACUUACCCUUUGAGAAAUGAAGCCAAAAAGCACAAGUAUGCUAAGGCUUUUUUUUACUUACUUUUCCUACCAGGUUUUUGAUGCACUAAGCAAAAUGUGCACAGUGAUGGUAUGCAUGUCUAUCGCUGCCGGCGUGUUCCUGUUUUCUGGUUUGCUUCUUGUGGUACUGUCUAUCAGAGGUGAACCCAACACUGUCGAGGUGGAACUCAAUCAAACUUAGUGUAACGCUGUUUGUAGAAAGUUUGGUCGGCGGGUGAUCAUCUUUACUCUAGGCAUUGUAAUAAAGUGCAAUGGUUAUGAAGCCCGACAGGUUUCUUUGUCAUUUUUUGCUCUUGUUUUUGUUCGCUCUCUUUGAACUCAGUGACAGUGCACAGCGUUGAAUAGCAUCGAUUCCUCGUCGUUUUCAACAAGAGAGCAGGUCAAUCUUGUUAACAGAGCUGCAGAGGUCCCUUUUCCCCGCUAUUGAGCAGGGGGGAGGAAAAUGGGUCUCUUUUUCUCCCACCCGUUGAAUACCAGGGAAAAGAGGUUUCUGCUGGCUGGGAGAACUGGCAAUUGAAACGCCCCUUUGAUUUAUUCCUGUACAAUGUGUGGAUCAAAAACAAACAGAAUUAGGGAACUCCUAACACAACUACAACACCAUCGUUUUCAUCUUAACUUUUUUGCAGCUUUCACUAACAGCCUAUCAUGGCAACUAAUAAUAAUAUAAUAAUAAUUAAAACUUAUAUAGCGCAACUUUCCAUGGGACGUGAUCAUAUGCGCUAGGUUGUUAAGUGAGACCAUGCAAGUAAUUAUUACGAACUUCUAAGUAAGGUUUACUUCACCAAAAAUAUGGGUGUGACAUCAAAGCCUGGGUAAAAUCUGAAGUUACAAUUUAAGAAAGGAUUAAGUGGUUUGCAAAGGUUCCUUAUUAUCAACUUCGAUAAUCUCAAGAGACCAGGAGUUUUCUCGACCAACUUGCUGUCUCUUGAGCUGUAUAAAGCGUUUUCACAUGACGUCUCAAUGGCGUCCCAUCCCAAAACAUUGGAUUGUGGGAGUUUUCGCAUAUAAAAAACUUCUUUUGCUCCAAAGACGUUUGCAUAGCUGCUGGUCACGUGAGUGACAUCCAUCUAUACAGCUAUUUCAAUUAACCUUGUGGAAAUUAAUCUCGUUCCGAGAUCUCUUGUUGACGAAACCGCACUAGUGAUCUGGAUACGAGAUUGUGUCGGAAUGCCUAAGUGAGGAGACCGCGAGGUAAUAUGGGAAAUUUCAGUAAAAAAAAUUAUUCUCAAACAAAGCCAUGAGGUACAAUUCUUCGUAAGUUAAAGGCUAAUUUUUUAGGUUUUACAUUAUUCUAUGGCGUUGACAACCAUGAGGUUGAGACAAAUUUUUAUGGGAUUUACAGCUACCCUCAUGACAUUUCGGUCUUGUCGCGUACGUGCCGGCUUGAGGCCUUCAAAUCCGACGUUAAUUUAAACAACUGUUUGCAUGUAAGGAAGUAAGAAUAGACCAAGCAUGUAAAUCACGCUAUUCAACAAUUUUCCUUUUAUUUACCUCAAGAAAUUACUACCAGAAAUCAUAAAAACUCGAUUGACCGUUCAGAUGCCGUUAAGAGCAGCACACUCAACACCUACAAUGAAUUGCGAAAAGUGGUAGCCACCAGUUAACCUUUGUUUACACAGAAAGUACAUUUGAAUUUUUUUUUUGAAAAUUUUUGCAAGGUUGUAACCUUUUUUCAUUUUAGCCGGUAUCAUUAUUGUUAAUGUAAUUAGUGUGUUGUGUAGUUAACUGUAGUUUAGCGUAAGCACACCUUAAAUAAAAGGUUUAUGUGGCUUGGUUUGCGAAAUUUCGGUGUUAUCUUUAAACAUCCAUGCUACUAUGGCAACUUUAAGAAUCCAAAAUUACACAGAGCAAACAAAAUGUCUUAAUAUUUUCACGUGCAAUUUAGACUUAACACAUUUAGCGAGUCUUACAUGACAUCCCAAUGAAGGCAAACCUCCCACAACCUAUCAAAACUAUGUUCGCUCUUUUUGCAACGUAAACUGAGUAUGAUAGCAGUGUUCUUGCUUCUUUCUUGACUAAUGUACACGACUCAGAAAACAAAAACGCACUGAAAAAAAGUGGACGCGGAAAAACAAAGUUCGAAAUCAAUAAAAAGUAUCUCCCUCGAAAUCUAUAGUAGAAUGCAAAUUUCUUUGACAUGUCGAUCAAAAAAAUCGAGAGUUGACAACCAGAUAAAGUAAUUAAUUUCAUGGAUGGGCAUUUGUGUUUAUCCGUGAUCAUUAAAAAGUUACAUCUCGGCGGUGAGGGGACUACAAACAAUUUGGUCAUUUUGCAUAAAGCUAUAAAGAUGCCAAAUACUAAAAGCAAAUAAUAAGAGAAAAUGUCUAAAUGUAUAAAUGACGCUGGCGAUCAAAGAACUGUAGAUAAGCAGGGCGUUGGGGAUUUCGGUUUUCUGCUUUUGACCAUUUUUCAGGUCGAUUAAUCAAGUUUUUCUCUGGGAUGAUUUGAAAAUUUUAUGUAAACGCUCUUUCAGUUUUGGUGUCUGUUGCAGUUUACGCUGGGCCGUAGUGUUCGGUAUUUGGGAUUUGGCGUCCGAUAUCAAUGAAGUUUUCAGCGUUCUAAUAUUUUUUCUGGUUUAUUCCUCACUUCUGCCGCGCUGCUACUUCUCUUUUGGCAGUUCGAACGCCGUAGACAUCAAAUCGGCGUUGUUGGAUUAAUAUUUGAAUCCGUGACGAAGGUAAUAGCUUCCAAUGGUCUUGAUCACGUUUCUUUCACAACAGUUAGACAGUUGUAUACUAAAAAUAAAGAAUAAUAAUUUAUACAUAACUUCCUUAACUGAUAAGGAAAUUAAAGUUUUAACUCAAGCUCUUUCUCCCGAAUUAAAAUUAAACUGAUAAAUGAAGGUUUCAGCCUUCUCUUCUCGUGAGGGCUUUGCGACACUGUUUUUUUUACAAGUACUGAAACGUGCUUCUCUUGGACUAAUCAAUAUUUGCUAAAAAAUCUUGACAAAAGUGGGGAUUCGUAGGGAAAAAAUUUUGAAUUCAAUAUUCUAGGUGUACGAAGACAAAUAUUGAUAUGUACACUAUCAGUGAUUUUCCUGAAUCUCUAUCUGGCUCUCUAUCUCGGGUUGACGAAGAAUAUUCGAGUGUGUAAGACGUGAUCCCUACAGAUUGGGCACAGAAAAACUUGCUUUAACUGUGUAACAGGAUUUGGAAGUACAAGAUAACCCUGCACUAAAAAUUGAAAAGGUAAAAAUAUCUAAGAGUAUUUUAAAGGAGUGUUUUUUUAAAAAAAAAAUCUAUGUAACUGAUAUUCAUAUAUAUCAUCUAUGUGAUGUUCAAGUUAAACUGCAGUUUCGGUUCGGAAGCUGAAUAAACUAAACAUGGACUUGUGUUUCCCAAUAAGGCGAGCUUUGCACAGGAAUAGAAGAAAAGAAAACAAAACUAAGUUUAUAAAAUUCUACACGUCUGUAAGUAAACAAGACAAAGAAUAUUACAGAAAGGCAAAGCUUAAACUGCCCCAAUCAGAACCGCCAUCGACGAUAAGCUACGUUAGUGAGUUCACAAAAGCCGUAAGAAAGCUCUCAACUUCUUCUAAUGUGAACUAGUAUUUUAGACUUUUGAAGAAUCCUUAAUAGUUACUGUUGACUUCAGCUGGGAGAGAUUUGAAGUGAUAAUUUGACAUGUUUGAAAAUUCUGUAAAAAUGUAUGCAUAUAGGUUUUUCUUUGUUGAUGCGGCAGUGCUGAGAUCACGCACUUGGUUUAUUUUCUUUUCACCUUUGGUGAAUUGAAACUUGGAACAUUCAAGGGUCUUCAAGACUGGUUGUUUCUAAUUGCUAACUUUUUCUCCGGUUUUACACAGGCAAUUGCGCAAGAAUAACACUUACUUUAGACAUGCCUGUUUCAACUGACGUUGUUAUAACAACAAUCAAUUGCGUAUUUAUCAUCACCUGCAUUGUUGGCAACUGUUUCCUUUGUGCUGUUGUGAUGAAAAAUCAGGAAAUGAGGUAAAAAAGUAGUGCUAGUUAAUCUAAACCUAACUCGCAAUGAUAUAGGGGCGUGAUGAUGUCGUACAUCGCUGAAUACUCUGUCGUUGUGCACAAUACCUAGGCGAAGCAUGGGCCAUAAAUCGUAGGAGAACAACGAGGUUUUGUCUUCACAGUAUCGACCGACUUCACCGAAGCGGAUAUCACGGGGAACGGGGAACUGGGAGCGGGGAAAGAGAAUGGGAAACGGGAAAAUGAAAAAUGGGAGCAGCGACUUUAUCUCCAAUUCUCUGCCUUGUUCCCAUUUUUUUAAUUUCCCGUUCCCCGUGCUCGUUCUUCGAUCCCCGUUCCUCGUUUUAGUAACAUCCCAAACAGAGGUUAAUAAAAUUUUAUCACUGGGCUUUCUUUCUUUGGAACAAGAAAUAGGCCGGUGUUUGACAAAGGUCUUUACAGAGGCUUUGUAGAGAAGCACUUGAAGUAAUUAAACGGCAAAAGUGAGGGAAGAGGAUAGAUCUUGCAUUUAAACUUUGGUCCGUGAAGUAAGUCACGAACCUAACAUUGAUCAACCACAGAAAGAGAAACGACUCAGCCAUAUAAUGAAAUAACUUAUUACAUUGUGUGCUUAUUUGGUUAGAUAAUUUAGACUCAUUUUCCAUAUCUAGUGUCCAAUUAUCCGGCUCCCCUCGAACCAAUCAUGUAACGAAAUUAUCCUUCGACCACCGUUUCCCACAGGACACCCAUCAACUAUCUACUUGUGAACCUGGCAGCAGCUGAUAUUUGUUACGCCACAUUCAUUAUACCGACGAUUAUCUUAAGCCAUAAUGUUGGCCAUCCAGAAGGCGUUACUGGAACAGUUUUGUGUACAAUUAUUACCGGUGGGAACUUAGCGUGGAUUGGCGGACAUGCCUCAAUGGCUACCUUGCUCGUUAUUGCCGUUGAACGAUUCUUUGCCGUGAUACAUCCCCAUGGUAAUAAAGGAAAACUCACGUUUCGGAGAUUGAAGGUUCGUUACUUUGCUUUCAGUCGACUAGUGUCUAAUUAAAUCGAAGUAAGGUCAUCUCAAUUAUAUUCAUAACUGAAGCAGUUGUGUUAAGAUACACAACUACAGACAAUACCUCCUCCCGUAUACCAGCUCCGGGUACGCCCUUUGAUUGGUCAAUUGUGACAGUUCACUUCAACGCUUACGUCAGUCAUUGAACUUGGCGCACGGAGGGUCUUACAAACAUGUGAAGUAUAUGAAACCCUCCUACAACGCACUUUUUGAAGGUUUGAAAUUUGACAUUUUGACAUGAGAAACGGUGUUUUAGGACAUUGGCUGAGUAGUGUCUGGAUAAAGGUGUUUAAAAAGAUGCUUAAAGGCCCUCCUUUUCUCUCUUCUCGCCGUUUUUUCACUCGUUGGUUAUUUUAUUGCUCGCUCUCUUUUCUUGGCUCGUCUGCACUGACCAAGAGCCUGGUACAGCCUACCCUUCAAUUAAGUAGGGUCAAAAUGUGCGAAACACAAUGAAGGUAACUUCAACUUUUUUAUGUGAGUUCAUAAAGAAAUUACAAGAAAUAUUUUGUACUGGCUAGCAGUUAGCAAGGCAAGUCGAGGAAGGCCAGGCUACAUAAUUCUCCUGGUCACUGUUGUUUAUGAAGUUGCAGAGUUACCGCUCGCAACUCCAAAGUCAGCUAAUUCUAAAGCUAAUUCAGAUUAUAUCCGUCUUUCUAGGUGAUUAUUCCUGGUAUAUGGAUCUUUGCAGUUCUAUACAGAAUCCCUUCCCUGCCACGGAGUUUUGAUAAGGAAGUUAGUGCCAACUCCUGCAUUUCCGUAUUGUCCGAAGAAAACAAAAUGAUUACUGGUAUGACAUGGCGUGCAUUGAAAUUUUUAUUCAUUGUGGUUCUGGUGGUGCUGUACUCCAGGAUCGUGUACGCCUUGUGGUUCAAGCGUGUACGCAGUGAUGGCGAACUCACACAUCAGCAGCAGGUACGACUACAAGCCUUUCAUAGAGUGCUGUGACUAGCUGUCUUCCAAAGCGCGAUGUAUCAAAAAUUAGAUAAGAAAAUGUUGGCAAACUUCAAUCAUUCCUAAAUUUCCUAAACAACUCAAAAAAAAAAAAAAGAGGAAGAAAAGAAGAGGAAAAAAGUUUCAUCUCCAAAACAAUCGAUACAUAAACUUUUUAUUGCCUUGAUUUUUAGUUUUCCAUUGCACCUUUGUAAAAAUGCCAGAUUAUCUCAAACAAAAAAGAAAUUUAUUUUUGCUUUUUUUAAAAAUUUAAAUUUGAAAUUUAGAUUUAUAUUUGAGGAAGAAAAGUACCGACAGCAAAAACUUUCUUGAGUCUGUUUAGUGAUUAGUCUAUGAGUUUCACUCAGGCCCGGUUCAGACGCCGAACUUUUCAUGAGCCGAACCUAAUACAUUAAAUCAAGUACGUGAAAAGUUCGGCGUCUGAAUCAGUUUUAGGAACGCCUGUUACAAUUUAGAACGGCUCAGCCGUUUUUUUCGCCUAGCCCGGCCGGCAAUUUCGCCUUUAGAACGGCUUUGAUUCAGACGCCGAAAUUUUCAUGUACCGAACCUAAUGCAUAGAAUAUUAUAACGUAUUUUGGAAACAGUUUGACCGAAAUGAGCAUUUUUCUCCUUUGAACUUAGUUCAGCUGCAAUUAAGAUCGGCCUCUGAAUCAAAUCAGCCGGCCUAAAUAGUUUGGGUUGCCCAUAAUUCAAAGUAGGUUAGGCUCAUGAAACGUUCGGCGUCUGAACCGGGCCUAAGCGAUUGAAGGGCCGUCACUGAGUAUUAAACAAGGAAGAAAGGGAACAAAUUGUUUUAAAGUUUAUAGUUUUAAAUUUUUAGUUUUCUAUCUAAGAGACACCAAGGGAGAUACCAGCUGAGAGUAUCACCUAGUCGUAUUGUAAGCUUGGGCUACCUGCGGUCUAAUGAAUCAUUUUGUACACAGGGUGUAUUGAAGGUGAGAAAGCGUGUGUCCUUGAUGGUUGUUACAGUCAGCGCCAUGUUUGCAGCUUCUUGGGGAGCAGACGGAAUAGUACACAGCAUAGACGAUGCCGGCUCUUUGAAGCUGAAUCCUUUAACAAUUCCUAUUGUGCAUUUAACAGUUACUUUAAACUCUGCCGUCAAUCCUUUUGUGUACGCUUUAAUAAACCAAAGAUUCAGGAGAAAGAUGAAGGAAAUGAUAUGCUGCGUUUCACGUUCCUAUACAGCAAGAGUACCUCGCACGACGGAGGAGGUACCGCUGGAGGACAUGGGGAUUGGGAACAACACUGGGACGGAGCCAAACAGAGCCGCAAGUGUAGUGACAAAUCUGUAG